AUGGGGGCUGUGCAUGAGCCCUUCAUCUUCCCCGCAGACACCACUGGUGCUUGCUCGGCCUCGCGGGUGAUGUGGGGGGCACGGGGGACAGUCCUGUGUCCCCACCUUCUUGGGCUGCAGACAGGCCAUGUUGGUCCUGUGGUGACUGGGGGCUCCCAGGAGAACCCCACCGCAGAGCCGGAGAGGUGGCCCCAGAGAAGGUGGCGUACGCCUGGGGCCGGGCCUCACCAGCCAGCCCCGGGCCACCUGCAGCAACAGGCGUCUCGCCGUCCAGGGGCUGGGUGUUCGGGCGCCGUGGGGAUGAGCUGCUAUCUGCACGGCAGCCGAAGACCUGGCCCAGUCUCUGGGUUCCAGGAGAACUGCGCGAUCCUCGGGGAGCUGGUAAGGCUGCAGGCUCAGAAGUCCCACCUGCUGGGGUUCAGCACGCGUGCCGACUCCGUGCUGGAGAUGAACAUGGCCAAGACCAGCCAGGUGGUGGCCACUUUCCUAAAUGAGCUGGCCCAGAAGCUGAAGCCCCUCGGGGAGCAGGAGCCCGUGAUCCUGGAGCUAAAGAAGGCCAAGUGCCAGAGGCGGGGCCUGCAGUUUGACGGGCCCAUCGACGUCUAGGACCUGUGCUACUACAUGAACCAGGGGGAGGAGACGCGCUACCACGUGGACCAGUACCUGCUCAAUGAGUCCUUCCCCAUGCAGGUGGUCACGCGCGGGCGGCUGGGCAUCUCCCAGGAGCUGCUGGGGCUGACCUUCGACCUGGAGGAGGGCGCCAACGUGUGUCACGAAGACGUGAGGCUCUACACGGUCCGGGACGCAGCCGCGGGCAAGGUCUCCAUCGGCAAGUUCUACCUGGACCUCUACCCUCGGGAAGGGAAGUCCGGGCACAUGGCCUGCUUUGGCCUGCAGCCGGGCUGCCUGCAGCAGGAUGGGAGGCGCCAGAUUGCCAUCGCGGCCAUGGUGGCCAACUUCACCAAGCCUACGCCCAACCCGCCAUCCCUGUUGCAGCAUGAUGAGCUGGAGACCUACUUCCAUGAGUUCUGCCAAGCGAUGCACCAGCUCCGCUCCCAGUUUCCAUCAUCAAACCCCACGCACUGGGCGCGUAAACAACGGAAGUGGAUGUCCUCGAGACUCUGGAGGCUGGAAGCCGCAGAUCAAGGAGUCAGGCCUGGUUCCCUGCAUGUUAAAUACAUGUAUUCAAGAGUUGCCUUUAAAAAGACAAACGACAAGAAAGGCACGUUGCCUGCGACUCUGGUGACAGCCGGUGAUGAGAACCGGAGGGUAGGCUCUGAGAGGGCCGGGAGCGCCGCGCCCUGUGAGGCCCUGGGGCUGCUGCCAGUCUCGGUGGAGGCUCAGCAAGUCCCAGUGACUUCCCCACGGGGGGGUCCCCAGCUCAGCGUCUGGGCCCAGGACCCAGUGCUCGUUCAGUCUUCCUGCGGUCAGCCCUUCGUCCUGAGAGUGAUGCUCUCACAGGCUGCACCGGAGCGCCCGGUGAUGAGAACCAGAGGGAAGGCUCUGGGGCCGGGAGCGCCGCGCCCUGUGAAGCCCUGGCGCUGCUGCCAGUCUCGGUGGGGCACGAGCAGCGCCGUCCCCCAGGAGCUGCUGGACAAGCUCAUAAAGUCCCGGCUGGCCAACCCCGGCCUCUUCAACCUGUGCCAGAUCGUCCUGGCCAAGGUGGACCAGGCCCUGCACAUGCAGAUGCCCUCGGACCCGGCCUAGGAGAAUGCCCGCCUCUGCCAGAAGAUCCUCGGGGUCCCAGCCACGCCAGGGACCCACCUGCCUGCGACCUUCGGCCACCUGGCAGGAAGCUACGACGCCCAGUCCUAUGGCUACCUGUGCAGCGAGGUGUACUCCGCGGACACGUUCCACACACCUUUCAAGCAGCAGGGCGUCCUGAGUGGCAAGUUUGCCAUGGACUACAGAAGCUGCAUUCUGAGGCCAGGCGGCUCCAAGGAUGCCAAGGGCAUGGUGAAGCUCUUCCUGGGUUGCGACCCCACGCAGGACGCCUUCCUCCUGAGCAAAGGGCUGCAGGUUGAGGGCUGCAAGCCGCCGGCCUACUGA